CUGACCAUCAAAGUUGGUCAGCCGUACUCUAACAGUCGCACGGCCUAUGGAGCACCGAUUGUGUUCGAGUUCCAGCAUGGCGAAGGCUACGGUGUCCUGCGAGCUCAGAUCGACAGCAAGAUUGCUGCGUUUACUGACAUCACAUGGGAGUCGGAUGCGCCCAUACUGUUCAAGUCAUUUGCAAAUGCGUCACAAGCAGCAUUCGUUGCAUUUGCGAGUUCACAGCAUGAAUUUGCUGACAGAAUUAAUCGAUUAGGGAAACAAGCCGCUCGCCGCAAGACUGGGCAAGCAGACUUUCAGCUUGAUGUUUUUAUAUAUGUACAGCGGAAGAACACUACGUCAGGGAUUCGUCGCGUCACCGAAGCUCGUGUUGAAGCCUCGGCUGCUGCAAUUAGCGAGCUGCUAGAGCGCGAAGGAGACAACAUGACAUAUGGACCGGCUUCUCAACGAUACUGGGCGAUAUCGCAUGCACGGCAGCCCGAAGGAACCUCUCUUGAGCCUCCAACCAGCGCUACGUUUGCCCAACUACAGCGUAUCGACGCCCUACAAUCCGAAAUGAGUACGUCAGCAGCGAUGGCCGAGCAGCAUCAGAAUGAGUCGCACCAGCACCAGUUCGUUCGUGUUGGGUGUCGCCUUAAUGGAGGGGUUAUUGAUUUAGACUUAGACGUGGCUGACCUGCGCAGAGCUGUCGGAUUACCGUCCUACGAUCUUUUCCCUGCCUUUCGCCCUGACCUAGAGCAUACGACACCAGCCGUCAAUGCAAGCGACGUAGAUCACACCGAGUCCAUCCAACAGUGA